GGUGCCGCUCUCUCCCUCCCGGGCUGUGAGUUUCGACUGCGCUGGAGGCUUUGCGUGGCGCUUCUCGCCUCCUGACACCGGACAUCUUUGGGAGAAGAGAAGGCUAAGGGUACAAAAAUCCCCGAAUGGUGUCCCUAAACAGUUGGAUGGCGCUUUGUACGCCUGCUUACGGCAACUCCUGCAGCCAAGCUGGUGCCAAAUGUAUUGCUCUGCUUUCCUUUGGACCACAUCAGUGAGGCCAAGAGGGUGAUUUGUUGCCUGGGCAGCCCAGGACCUCCAUACACGCUGCCAAAGCUUGCGCUCCAGAGAGGUCAGUUCGGUGCUGCUAAUGCAGCAAAAACAAUGCGGGAGGCAGCCAUAACAAGUUACCUAUCUCCACAGCCACAGCAGGCACUGUGAUUCUCCAGCAGUUUAAUUUCAGCCUUGGAAGUGCACUCCACUGUCUCUAGACAGACAGAUGCCAACAAUUUAGGGUAGGAUCUGUGGGUUAGCCUUUUCUAGCUGCUGUCCUUUGACUUACGGGUGGGCACCAGCAACCCUUGCCUGUCUGUUUCAAGUCAUCCAGAUCUACCUGCCAGUAGAUCUCACUCUUAAUUUCUGCCCAUCACUUUGUCUCCAGUUGGUCUCCAAUUGGUCUCCAGUUCCCCUCAGACUGGGAGCUGAAAGGGUAAAGGUUGGAUCUGAGGCACUGCCCAGAGGGGAAUAAAAGGAGGCCUGAUUCUGUUCUCUGCUUCUCUCCCCACCCCCGAUGUUGUGGACUACAACUCCUUUCAGCCGCAGCUAGCACUGUUGUGCUGGUCUAAACAAAUAGAAAUGCUUAUUCAGUUCUGGGUCUUGGGCAGGGAUAAGAAACCGGUGGUCCUGUAUUUGUUGUUGCACUCCAGUUCUCAUCACAGUCAGUGGUCAGGUAUGAUAAGAGCUGUAGUCCACCUCAUUAAUCACGGCUGUACUAUAAAUAGCAGUAAUCCAGUAAUGUGAACCUAACAUCUUUUAAGUCUCAUAGGACGUCAUGACCAGGUGGGCACGAGCAAAUGUCACCCACAACAAGAAGGCUCUGGAUGCAACACCAUGGGAACAUAUGAAAAAUGAUGCCACCGGAAGCGCAACAACAAAUAGAAAGCAAAGCUCUUCAAACAACUUUCCCUUGAGAAGUACUCAAGGGAAGAAGAAAAAUAAGAAGAAAAAAGACUAUACGAAUGAAGAUGUCAACGGUUUUAUGGAAUAUUUAAAACAGAACUCUCAGACAUUGCAUAAAGGAGAGCUGAUCAACAGCCGUGAAGCAAAGGAUGAAAUAGCAACAGCUUUGAAAAAGGACCGGCGGCGAGAGGGGAGAAGAGUGAAAAGGCAGGAAACGAAAAAGAACACAAUGGUGUGCUUCCACUGCAGAAAGCCAGGACACGGUGUGGCGGAUUGCCCAGCUGUACUUGAAAGCCAAGAUAUGGGAACUGGAAUUUGUUACCGCUGUGGAUCUACAGAGCAUGAAAUCAACAAAUGCAGAGCAAAAAUAGAUCCUGCUCUUGGUGAAUUUCCAUAUGCAAAAUGCUUCAUUUGUGGUGAGAUGGGACAUCUCUCAAGGUCAUGUCCUGAUAAUCCUAAAGGACUCUAUGCUGAAGGAGGUGCUUGCAGGAUCUGUGGAUCUGUGGAGCACUUUAAAAAAGAUUGUCCAGAAAAUCAAAAUGCAGAUCGAGUGGCAACUGUUGGUCGAUGGCUCAAAGGAAUGAGUGCAGAUUACCAAGAGGUUUUAGACAGCCCUAAACCGCAAAAACCAAAACCAAAAAUAGCUAAAGUUGUUAACUUCUGACAACUGCUGUCUGGCAUCAUUCUUUACAACAAUUCUCGGUGUUUGGCUUAAAGUUAUACUACUAAAAAUGGACUGUGGACUGUAGUUCCAGAAUAAGCCAUAACUGCAGUCUGCUAAGUGAUGAUCACUUAAUAAAACCCUAACUUGAAUGGAAGCUUCCUAGAGAGGAGAGGAAAUGCCUUGCCAGAAGAUAAAUUGCAGCAAGUGACUGCAUGACAGUAUAUCUCUGAACAGAAAGUUAAACUAUGCAAUUGCUGGUUUUCCAACCAGCGUGUCAGUGGGUAAUAUAACAUGUUACUCAGUGGAGAGUAGUCAUACCAAUAAACAAAUGGGAAGGAGAGCUAAUAGGUCAAUCUGCUUUUUGUAAAUGAAACGUGCUACGACAGAAGGUAUCUCAAAAUGAAACUGAGUCCUAUUUUAGUGUUGAAGUUCUUGACCUCACCAUGAACAUGGGAAUGAGACAACAGUUGAAUAGCCAAAAGCAAAGUUAAAACAUUGCUGGUAGCAGGGUUGAUCUUGCAGCAUGAAUAACAAUGAAAUGAUUGUGUUUUUAGUUGAAUUAAAUACUUGAUGAAGUCAUUUCCCUCCCCCACAAAUAAACCAGUGUAAUAAAACCACAUGUAUCAAGUUCUUGUGUUUUCUGAAUAAUUGUAUUCUUUGCAGUGUUAUGGUUUGCAAUUUCAUUUAUGUUGACUACUUGCUGUCUGCUGUGACAUCUGGAUAAUCACAGAUUUAGUCUUUAACUACCAUUCUCUCCUUACAAAUUACUUACACUUCAACAGUUUCAAAGUGUAUUUCCUGGAUGAUCUGUUAAUGGCACUGCCCAUGUGGCUUCUGGAAGAACUUUUCUCAGCUAUAUCAGUUUUCUUUUACUUUGGAGGAGCAGGGAUGGUUAGCGAGUGGAGAGUGGCCAUUUGCAAAAGGAGCAUCACAUUUUGAGAAACAGCUGUAGCUCAGGUUAGAGCACAUAGUUGCGUGCAAGAUUCAGUGAUAGAACAGCACUGAAGGAAGAUUGCACUUCUUGGAAUGUUGUCUUUGGGCACCUGAUUCAGUUCCUACUAAAAUCUACUGGAAUUCUGUCAGUUUUAGUUAUUCAUUGCUUUCCUGGUAAGUUCAAUAACAAAAAUACCAUCUAAAACCCAAAAUAUAAUAAAUAACGAGAUAAUUAUACAGCCUUAAAUUAAAUUAGCAUAACACUCAUAGUUUUAAUUAUUUAAUUCAAAGGUGUGUGUUGAUAUGACUAAAAUGUAUACAGUAACUCAUUCUGAAAGCAGUAUCAAGUAGUUUAAAAUAGCAUAGGACACCUAUAUAUUCACAUGCUGCCCCAUUGCUACUCCCUUUGUGCAAGCAGGAAAACAAUCUGGGCAGCAGCAGUAAAUCGUUAUGGUUAAUGCCUUCCAAACAAGUCAGGAUCGAUAAGCCAAGUUUUAACUAUGGCAUCCUACUCUUGUGUAGAGGGAAGAGCAAAGGAGCUGCAUGAAAGCACAUGGAGAUCAUUCAUGCCCUUACUAAGCCAGGACUUAAUUGUUCAAAUACAGCCUUGGCCUAUGCACAGUAUCUGUUUUUGCAACUACAAGAAAUAGGAAACACAACCUGACAUUCUCAGGAUUCUGAAAUCGGUGCCUAUUACCGAAUGUCAUACGUGCACUAUGUAACUGCAAAAUCAUGAAUAACAAAUACGGCUGUUAGCUGAGAUUAACAAUAGACUAGGAAAAUUAUUUACAAUAGAAAUUAAAAUUUACAUACAAUGAUAUUUUUAAAUAAAUAAAAAAUCAGUAUUUUAAAUUGUGUGCAGUAAUACGUAUUGCUUUGACAAGUUUUCUGAGGACUCCAAAAGAACAAUGAAAUGUUGAUGAAAGAUGACUUAACUUAGUUACUGAAUUUAUCAUUAAAUAGCUCCAUCGUAUGAUGAUGUAGAACAUUGUGAUGAUUUAGAUAUACAGGUCCUGAACAUAAAAGUAGGUAGCAACUGACUUGCCAGCUUGAUAAAUAUUGGUGUUAAUGACAACUUGUGUAUAAGAUGUAAAGAAUGGUAAAGUUAUUUACACAGUAUUGCUUAACUAAAUGCAGUCCAUUGUGCUACUCUGUAACUCCAAGAACCGAAUGCACCCAGAAGCUGUAUCCUCAAUUGAUUUUGAUGAGCCAUCAAGAGUUGCAGCAACAUAAGGCAUAACACCAGGUGUUCCUUGGAUGCAGUAGGAAAC